AUGAAAGUAGUGCAGAAAAAGGCGAGCAAAGUCGAUGAAUUAGAAGCGCAAAUAAAAACAUCGGAGCAAAAAAAUGAACAAUUAAAGAAUUGUCUGAACAAAAAUCAGCCUACAAAAGAAAGACAUGAGACAGUUAAGAAAAUCAGAAGGAAGACUUUAUCAUUUGCAAAGGUACUCACACAAAACGAAAAGCAGGUACUAAGCAAAAAUCAGCCAGUAAACAAAGAUAAUAACAAAGAUAAGCAUGUAGUGGCAUGCGUGGCCAUGAAACCGACAUGUAAUAUAAAAACCGCUACGGAAAAUUUUGAUAAAGAACAACUAUCGUCAGAUAAUACAGAACAUAAGAUGGAAACUAGCAAAAAUAAAGGAUCAUGGAUAACUGUACAGUAA